AAAUAGAAAAUAGAAUAUCAUUUUCUUUUAUUUUUUUCAAAAAAGUUGUCUAUAAAAGUCCAUUUCUUGAACAUUCAUCCUUGUGGACUCAAUAUUCAGAGUCAUUCUCCUUUGUUCAUCAACCAUGGAGAAUAUACAGCUCAAGAAGCUGUCUGUAAACGGCAUAAAUAUGCACAUAGCUGAAAUUGGUGAAGGUCCAUCAACAAUACUAUUCCUCCAUGGUUUCCCUGAACUUUGGUAUUCAUGGCGCCACCAACUGAUUUCUCUUUCAUCCAAAGGUUACCGUGCUAUAGCUCCUGAUCUACGUGGCUAUGGAGACACUGAUGCUCCUCCUUCUCCUUCUAGCUAUACUGUUUUUCAUAUAGUUGGUGACCUUAUUGCCCUUCUUGAUGCUCUUGGACUUGAUCAGGUGUUUCUUGUUGGACAUGAUUGGGGUGCUAUUAUAGCUUGGCACGUAUGCCUUUUGCGACCUGACAGGAUCAAGGCACUGGUUAAUAUGAGUGUUGUCUUCCAACCCAGGAACCCAAGAAAGCCUAUUGAAUCUAUGCGUGCUGUCCUCGGGGAUGAUUACUAUAUUUGCAGAUUUCAGGUUUCUUCCUGCAUCCUUCUCUCCUUUCCUUAACUCCACUAAUUUCAG